AUGACGCCAACCAAACUGCAACCGCAACCACAACAGCAGCAGCAGCAGCCACCGCAGCUCGCGCUGUAUUUGGACCAAGUGAGCCUGGUCCCCUACGAGACGGGGAAGGCAUUGUGGGAAGUACCUAAACGGCUGUCAGCUUUGGCAGCCGACGUGAUGAAGAAGACAGUGCGGUGGUCGUCGGGGAUCCCGGCAGGCAUCCAGCACCGCCACCCGGACUCCACGUCGCCGCUGACGUCGCCGCCACGCCAUCAUAGGCACCACUCGCCCACGCCCCACUCAUCGACGCUGACGCUGCCCACUCUGAACUCUCACCUUACUUCGGAAACUGUCACCGACGAAGUAUUGGUGAUUACAAUUGAAGACGACGAUCUAAUCAGCAUAACGCUGGAGACGGAGAUCUACGGCGAAGACCCCCACAUAUCCAGUCUCGGCUUGACGCGAAGCUCGUCGCAAUGGGAAGUCAGACAAGCCAUCUGGAACGAGAUCAGAACCUAG